UUUCUUUAUGGUUUAGUUGUGUAAAGAUGGAAGGCGCUACUGGAUAUGUUCUAUAAGAAACAAACACCUGCGAUGUCCUGCCAUGGUUAUACAGAUGGGAAAUUCCUUUACUGAGGGUUCACAGUCCCAUAAACAUAUGCCUGGCUCCAAAUUACCAGCAGGUGAACAUGAUGUAUUACCAAAGAUGAGCCAUUUAGCUGCAGGUUUAGAUGAUGAUUAUGAUGAGUACAGUGAUGAAUACGAAGAUGGCGGGGCCAGCAGCUCGGUCGCUGAUAACUAUCAUUCCUAUAACAAGAGCACCAGUAGUCUCUAUUCUGGCUUCGGCACUUCACCUGUGAAAAAAGUAUCCAGACAACAGAGAAUGUUUGCAAAAGAAAGCAAAAGGAAGGAUCACCCAACAUUCCUUGGGCCUAGUUGUACAAUCAAUCUAACCAAGUGUGAUGACCGUGACUGUAACUGUAAAAUGGUACAUUGCCCAUUCUGUGACCCCAGUCAUUUUAUCCCUGCCAAGGCUGGUAGGGUCCAGGACCAUCUUGAGCUCACACAUUUUGCACAUGGUGUACAGUAUGAUGAUUUGAUGAUAGUGAAGUGUUUCCAGGACUGUAAUUUGGAGAGGAACUUUGGGCACUAUCACUGUGUGUUCUGUUGCCAGCAAAUUCUUAAACGCAAUUCCUAUGCCAGACACAUGCUAAGACAUAUGAGAAAACUGGGUAUUCCAGAUAGGUUGCUUGUGCUGCCAGAUUCAAAGUUCCCUGAUGUUAUAAAUGCCUAUGGCUAUGAGAUUCCAAUCUGUAAGAAGGUAUCAUGUCAGCCUAGCCGGGAGAAGCACUACCACUGCCCACAGUGUCAACAGCUAUGUAAGGAACGGAGUCUAACGGUGAACCAUCUGUGGCGGUGCUUACAGAGAAAAACAGAUGUGAUGGAGCAUACCUCGGAUGAUGAUGAGAUGUUGAAUACUGUUGAUGAAAAACAGCUAAAUUUACAUUUUUCACAUGUAAAAAGUUUCAAGGAUUUACCUCUGGAGAAAUGCCCACAGCCAGUAUGUUGUAACCAGAUGUACCACUGUAAACUGUGUCCUCCCCAACUGUUUAGACCAUCCUACAGGCAGCAUCUGAUAGCUCAUUAUGUAACACACUGGAAACAAAGGGUGCCAUAUAAAGGUUACGCCUUGUUGAAGUGUUUUCAGACAUGUGAAGGGAUUGAUAGACGAUACUUCAAGACAAAAUUCCAUUUCCACUGCCCCAUUUGCUGCAAGAUCAUCCUCACAAAGGGAUCGUUUGAGGAACACAUUAGGGGCUGUCACAUGUUCAAGUUUGGGGAAAAUCUCAUUGAUGAACGUGCUGAAGAUAUGGACAAUGCUAUGGAGGAAGAUGUCUCCUUGGUGCAGGAAUUAGCCCCGAUACAUGACAAUGUCGAGUAUAUGGAAGAUAAGCUUACAUCUCAGGCAAUAGCUCUUGAAGAGCAGAGAAACCUCGAGAGGAAGCUCAAACUGCCACUGUCCAAGAAACGCACAUUUCAAUAUGGAGGAAAAUUUAGAGGAUUGAAGAGGUCUGAUGAUAUGAACAAAUUGGUGAAGAGGAUUAAGGAGGAGAUAACUGAUGCUCUGGAACAAGAGGAGAUAAAUCAAUAUGUUGAUGGUGAUGAUGACAUGGCUGACUUUACAGAAGACAUAUUUGGUCUCAGCAUUGCUGAUAUUGAGGUGUUUGAUCUCGGUUCAGUGAUAUUCUCUGAGAAGUUUAUUGAAGCAUUGAAGAGCACCACUGUGGUGAACUCUGUACUAACUAGAAUGUCAAGUCUAACCAAUACUAAACUAUCACAGGAGGAUGGUAGAUACUUGUUGUCAGGGAAACUAGAAGAUUUACUACUAGUGAAAGAACUGAUUUUAAAGACUAUCAACGGAACUGAAGAAUCUGGGAGUUCAGAGUCUGAGGAAGAAUCUAGCCCUGCAAAGAAGUCAACUAAGAAAAAGAAUAAAACUACAUCAGAGGAAUCUGAAGAAGAACCAGUCAAAACCACUUCCUCAAAGACACCAAAUAAAGGAAAAAUUGGUAAAACUACAGGCAAGAAAGGAAAAAAAUAUCCUGAACCAGUUAAGAAAGGCAAGGGUAGACCAAAGAAAACUGAUGACAGCUUUCCUUAUUCUGAAAUAAAAGAAAUCAUUGCAGCCUCAAAAAAAACAGAUGAAGGUGGUAAAAGAGGAAGAGGGAGGCCAGCUAAAAAAUUGCCAGUGCCAACAAAAUCACCAGUAAAAUCAAAUGCAAAGAAAUCAUCGAAAGUAGAUACACCAAAAACACCAUCAAGAUAUGGUACAAGAGGAGUGAAGAGAAACUACCUAGAAAUGAACUCUGGAAAUGUUAAAGUUAAGGAGGAGAUAGUGAGUGAAAAUGAAGAAGUGUCUGAAGACGAAGUUGAGGAAGUGGUUGAAGAAGAUUCAAAGUCAAAGAAAACAAGUCAUGGAAAAGGAAGAAGAACCAGAAGUAGAACUGCAGAGGAACAGGAAGAUGAUGAUGAUGAAGUAGGUGCUGAGAAAGAUGAGGAUGAGAAUGAUAAAACUGGUUACUUAGAUGACAGUGAGCAGGAAGAAUUAGAUUUAGUUAGCUCAGACAACGAGAAAGAAGAGGAUACUGGUAAUGCUGAUGAAGAAGAUGAUGAAUGUAGUACUGAAAAUGAAAAAGUUGCUGAGUCUCCUAGCAAACCAGAUAAAAAGAUAACCGAAAGCUCUGUACAAAGAUUGAAAACAUCAAAUGUUUCUACAUCAGUUCCAAUGAUUUCGAAAGUUGGAAUACGCCAAGUUAGUUGUGGAAAAAGAAAGCCAAAGAAAGAAACUGAAGAUGAUGAUCAGGAACUGGAGAAGAUGGUUAAUACAGUAGAUAUGGAUAGCCUCAAAUGUUCUUUAUGUGACGACUAUACUGCUCUGUCCUUUGCAGAUAUGACGCAGCACCUAAUGACCUAUCAUCAUGUGUAUGAGCCACCUAGAUGUGAUGUUUGUGAGUUAGAUAUGGAUACGUUUCAUAGUCUUACCUUACAUAUUGACAGAAAGCAUGGUCCCAAAAAUGCACCAGGUUUUAAAUGUGAUGUUGAGGACUGUAACAAGCUGUUUUCCCUGGAAACAAGUCUUCGGUCCCAUAUGAAUGCAGUUCACAAGCUGCCUGGAAAUACUGCUAAAGGAAAAAGGCAUGCUUGUGACAAGUGUCAGUACAAAUCCAACUCUAUUGAAGAUAUGUGUGAACAUAAGAAAGUUACCCACUCUGAACAGAUCACAUGCGAACAGUGUAACAAGACCUUCGUGUCCUACCAAACCUUGAAAUCUCAUAUUGACAUAAAACAUUCAGAAUCUAGUCCAAUAGCCUGUUCCAUUUGCAACAAGCAGUUCAGCAGUCAAGCAUAUCUUCAGAGACACAUGAAAUUCCACAACCGAUUAUUUGCAUGUGAACUAUGUGGUAAAGCCAUUAGCACUAAGUCAUCAUUAGAUGCUCACAUGGAGACACAUAAGCCUGAAGAAGAGCGUAACUACAAAUAUACCUGCUCAUACUGCGAGAAAAAGUUCUUCUUGAAAAAUAACUAUGAAGACCAUUUAAACAAACACACCGGAAAUCGACCAUAUAGUUGCGACCUUUGUGAAAAGAAGUUUGGUUUCCGCAGUAUGCUGAAGAAACAUAAAACAUUUGUCCACUCUGCUGAAAGACCAUUCAAAUGUGGAUUUUGUAUGAAAGGCUUUAAGUUCAUGAAUUUACUGAAGAAUCACGUGACCAUUCACACUCAUCAGAGCAAACAUGUUUGCCACUGUGGAAAGAGCUUCUCCACUGCUCAGACAUUGAAGUUUCACAGGCAGAAAUGUAAGACUUACGCCGAUUUCGUUGAAAUGGAGCCAGAGGAAACGUUGAUGGUGAAAGCAGAUCAAAUGGCAAUAGAGAUUGAACCACCUACUGAAAUUGUUGCUAGCGAUAUAGUGGGAAAUACUGUUCUCCCUACCGAACAUGCAAUUGGUACAAACACUGAGAUUGCUCAGUCAGCGAACAAUAUGACCUUUAAUAUUACUAAUGCAGUGCCUGAUGAUGUUGAGUUAGCAGCUGCAGCGAAUGCACCAGCAGUGGGAACAACAGUGGAAGUGUAUGCUUGUAGUGAAUGUAGAGCUACUUUCCGAGCAUUCAGAGAUGCAGAAUUACAUGUACUUACUGCUCACACACAAGUAACACCAGCAAACUGAACAUUUGAUCCUUGAAUGGAUGUAAAAACACAGCAUUGAUUGUUCAUAUUUAUUAGUGAAGUUCAGCUUUCAAUUCUUUUGUUAAAAAAUGUGGUUGUCUGUGUCUGAUAAACAUGUUAGUUAUGGUUUUGCUUAUACUGAAAAUCAACUGGCUUCUUUAGGUAAAACCUUACUUUCAACAAUUUACAAAAAUACUUGUAUGAAAUAUUCAUAACACUAGAAACUUCAUUUUGGGCUCUGUUUUAUGGGAUAUGAAAUGUUUUCAUUAAAUGUCAAAACUUUUUGGAGGAAAGUGAGUGUUAAUUAGCUCUUGAAACAAGAUGUACAACAACUGGAAAAUGGUGUGGGCAAUGUCAGUUGUUUGCUUCCAAAUUUGAGCAGUCCUUGUGUUCACAUUGUUUGUUAGAAUUAUAUUUCAGACAAUUUCGAUAACCAGUCGAAUACUCCCAGUCCCUCUUGAGUUUGGGGCAUUGAAAUACUUAAAAUUGCAAAAAUUAACAUUGUACAUUUAUGAUUUAAGCAGUUCUUAUCCAGUUCACCAAACAUAGAAUUUUUCUGGGCAUAUUAACCUUCCAAGUUCAAUAACCAGCAGGAUAGUUGCUCUGAAAUUAGUGAAGUUUGAGAAAAUUUACAUGUAAUCUGCUUGAGUUGAGUAUUUUAUAAGUCAAGAAUAAUUUACUCUGUCAGCAUAUUUUGUAACAGUUUGCUACUCUUGUUCCAUAUUGAAAUGUUCUGUGUUAGUUGCCUGUUUAAAUUGUUUGUCUUAAAAAAAUGUUCUUGUUUUCUUUGUUAAAGUUUUCCAGUUUGUUUUUAAGUCUGAUUUCUUAACUCAAAAAACUGAUUCUUGAAAGAAUGAAAUUAAUUUUCUAUAAUAAAUUCUCUUUUAGCCAUUUUCAAUUCAAUCAGACUUUAGUUUUUCAAGCUCGGAUGAUUUUCAAGUCUUUAAUUAAAUGAUCUGUGAUUGGAAUAUUUCUGUAAAUGAUAUAACAGACUUUUGUUAUUUAUUAUAACACUACUAAAUAGUUUUUACAAAUAUAUAUUGCAAAUUUAUUGUUGAAGUUAAAUUAAUCCUGCCAAACAUUAUUGUGUAGACUUCUUGUAUUGUGUAUUGUCAAUAUGUGUAAAUAAAUUGUGUCAUUGUAAA